AUGGAUAGUAGUGUUAUAGUUUCGAAAAUUACCGAUUCAGAAGGAACACAUGUACAGAAUGAAUUCUAUCGCUUCAUCAAUGAAUUCGAAGACCCGAAUGGAACGCUUAUCUAUAAGGAGGAUAUUCCACAUUUGUAUCAUCCAGAACGCAAUACACUGUUUGUCCAAUUCGACGAUAUUUUCUCCUUUAGCAAUACGCUUGCAUCAGCACUUGAAUUACAGUUUUAUAGGCUAUAUCCAUAUCUGUGCAAGGCAUUGCACUUAACUAUUAUGGAUGGUUGCAACGAUGAUAAUAUCAAACAGCGAAUGCAACGAAAAGAAUUUUAUGUUAGUAUUGGACAAAUUAGAAAUAAACUCAGAGUUCGUGAAUUGACAGCUAGUAAAAUUGGCGCUUUGACGUGUAUUUCGGGACAAGUAGUGCGAACACAUCCAGUUCAUCCUGAGCUUCAUAAAGGUGUUUUCAUUUGUGAUGACUGUGGAUCAAAAGUUAAAAACGUUGAGCAACAAUUUCGCUAUACACCGCCGGCACAGUGCGCAAAUCAACAAUGCAGUAAUCGUGGUCGUUUCCAGUUGGAUAUCUAUGAAUCAUCAUUUAUCGAUUUUCAGAAAAUACGUAUUCAAGAGACCCAAGCGGAAUUGCCGCGAGGUAGUAUUCCGUUGAGUUUGGAUAUUAUCUUACGCGGUGAACUCGUUGAAACUAUACAACCGGGUGAUCGUUGCGAUUUUGUUGGUGCUCUGAUUGUUAUUCCGGACGUCGCUCAGCUGAGUGCGCCAGGUCUUCGAGCAGAAGCUUCUCGUCGUAACCGACGUCGUGGUAUAGGAAACGAGCAAGAAGGUAUUACUGGCCUGAAGGCUUUGGGCGUACGGGAUAUGAACUAUAAAUUGGCAUUCCUAGCAUGUAAUGUCACAACUUCAAUUCCUUCGUUUGGUAGUCGAGUUCUCGCACGUGAAGAUUUGGAUCAUAAUGAAUUGUGGUCUCAAUUGUCUGAAAAUGAAAAGAAAGUGAUGCGUAAAAUGAGUGAAGAUAAAUCAAUUGCCCAGAAUCUUAUUCAUAGCUUAUUUCCAGAUAUUUAUGGGAAUGACGAGGUGAAACUUGGAGUGCUUUUGAUGCUUUUUGGUGGUGUUCAGAAACGAAGUGAAGGAGAAGGAACUACGUUACGUGGUGAUAUAAAUGUUUGUUUGAUUGGUGAUCCAAGUACAGCGAAAAGUCAAAUUUUGAAAACAGUGGAACACUUUUCACCGAGAGCGGUUUAUACUUCCGGCAAGGCAUCAUCAGCAGCUGGUUUAACAGCAGCAGUUGUUAAAGACGAAGAGUCAUUUGAAUUUGUUAUUGAAGCGGGAGCUUUGAUGCUUGCAGACAAUGGUGUUUGUUGCAUUGAUGAAUUUGACAAGAUGGAUGUGAAAGAUCAGGUUGCAAUUCAUGAGGCUAUGGAACAGCAAACCAUAUCAAUAACAAAAGCCGGCAUAAAAGCGACACUGAAUGCUCGUGCUUCAAUUCUAGCAGCAGCAAAUCCGGUUGGUGGCCGUUACGAUCGGUCACGACCAUUAAAGAAUAACAUACAGCUUUCUGCACCUAUUAUGUCAAGAUUUGAUCUUUUCUUCGUCUUAGUUGAUGAAUGCAAUGAGAUCGUAGAUUACGCUAUAGCUCGUCGCAUAUUGGACACUCAUCGUCAGUUGGCAACCCAAGAAAAAUCAGAAACAGUGUAUAGUCUAGACGACAUCCAUCGUUACAUUACAUUUGCUCGAUGCUUCAAGCCAAAGAUUGGUGAUGCAGCUGCAAUGCUUUUGGUUUCUGAAUACAAGCGUUUACGAAUGAGCGAUAGUAAUAAUUCAACUACCUCAUCCUGGCGAAUAACUGUACGACAACUGGAAUCGUUAAUACGACUUUCCGAAGCACUUGCUCGACUUCAUUGUGAAGGCGAAGUCAAAGCGGAACAUGUUCAUGAAGCUUCAAAAUUAUUGAGCAAAUCGAUAGUGCGUAUCGAACAACCUGAUAUUGUUUUGCAAGAAGAUGAUGCACUUCUGGAAGAUGAAAUGAUAGACGCAGCAGAACUAGGUAGUCAAGAUGGAAGUGCUCUUCGGGAACGAAAUCGAGAAGCGGAAGGAAGUACGGUGAGAACCGAAGAUGAAGGGGCAAAGAAAAUUGAUUCCGGAAAGCUGAAAAUCAAAUUUGAACUUUACAAGCGAAUAGCUGAUAUGCUAGUAUUACACAUCAGACAUGAUGAAGAAACUGAAGAAAAUACUGAAAAUUGGGAAGGCGUCCGGCAAUCACAGCUUAUUCAAUGGUAUUUGGAUAUGAUGGAAGAAAGCAUAGACUCUGAGGAGGAGUACAAUCUUCAGAAAACUAUAUGUGAACGCGUCAUUAGGCGUCUUAUCACGGAAGACAAUAUUCUUAUUCAGUUGAACGCAGAGACAGAUGAAGAUCCUAUUGUUGUUGUUCAUCCUAAUUAUGUAAUAAGUGAUGAAUGA